AUGUUGGGAAAGAUGGGUUCAGUCAAGAAACUGGCCAAAAAGGUAAAAGUUAAAGUCGUUAAUGGCACAGAAUCACACCAUGAGUACUUGCUUAGGGAAAAAGAAGAGGCAUGUUCUUCCCCUUCUUGCACAACCCCAACUGGGUUUAUUGCGCUUUACAUAGGGGAAGAGAGAAAAAGGUUCGUGGUUCCAACAGGCUAUUUGUCUCAUCCUCUCUUCAAGAUGUUGCUUGAUAAGGCUUCAGAUGAGUUUGGGUUCGAGCAGAAGAAUGGAUUGGUGGUUCCAUGCAGUGUCACGGCUUUCCAAGAGGUGGUAAGUGUUGUGGAAUGCUGCAAUGGGAAAUUUGAUCUUAGUAAUUUGGUACAGGAGUUUAUUUAG